UUUUAAUGCUAGGACACUCUCCCCAUCCUUGGAAUCUGUUGCAUUCAAUACAGCUCUCAAAAAACUAAAAGAAAAAAGAAAACAAGAUUUAAUGUUGUCCUAGCUAGAUCCAUCCAAGGCUCCAAAAACACUGUUUGGCUCCUCCCAGUAGCUGAAGUGAACUGAACUCCUCUCAUUUUCAAGAGUGCAUUAGUACUCACUCCCCCCCCUCACAUGUGUUGUGUUUUGCUUGCUUGUGUGAUUAGUGGAGUAAUCAAGAAGAAAUAGUGGGGAAAGAUAAGUGUGUGUGGGUGUGGCAAUAAAGGUGAAGUCUUCAAGUUUGCAAUCUUCUCCCUUUGCUCCCCACAAGAUUACAAAUCUUGUGUUUGUCUUGUUGCCACUGCCGCUGGUGAUAGACUCUACCAUACUAGAGAAAGCCAUAGAAAGGAGAUAAGAAGAAACCAAGAAAAGGGAGAAACAAAAGUUGAAGAAGACUUUCUGCUGAUAUUUUUGCACAUAUAUAUAAUUUUUUCUCCUCCAUCUGCACUCUCUGGAAAGAAGAAGAAGAAGAAGCAGAAGAAGCUUGGAGCUUGAGCUUUCUGAAUUUCAGUCGGUGUAACUAAUGGGGGAGAUGAACCAGCCGCCGCCGCCGCCGGUGGCCGUGCCGCCGCCGAUGGUGAUGCAGCCAAUCAUGCAUCCGCCCGUCGGCACCGGCGCCGUCUUCCCGCCGCACGAGCAGUUCCACCAUCUCGCCUACUGCGUCCACUCCAACCCUUCCUGGGUUCAGGUGGCCGCACUUGCAUUCCUCCACUAUCUUGUGAUGCUGGGUUCUACUGUCAUGCUUGCAUCAACUAUUGUUCCUGCAAUGGGUGGUACCCCAGGGGAUAAGGCUCGUGUUAUUCAAUCCUUCCUAUUUAUGAGUGGCAUCAAUACUCUCCUCCAAACACUUGUUGGAACGCGGCUCCCUACAGUUAUGAAUGCUUCCUUUGCAUUUGUCGUCCCAGUACUGUCAAUAGCCAAAGACUUUGAACAAAAUAACUAUGCGAGCAGUCACCAGAGAUUUACUCACACAAUGAGAGCAACUCAAGGGGCUCUGAUUGUUGCUUCUAUCCUCAACAUGAUUCUUGGGUUCAGCACAAUUUGGGGGGCAUUCGCCAGGAAAUUUAGUCCUGUAAUAAUGACCCCUGUUGUUUGCGUUGUUGGUCUUGGGCUAUUUGCACUUGGCUUUCCCCAGGUUGGAAAGUGUGUGGAGAUCGGGCUACCAAUGCUAAUCCUUGCAGUUGUUGUGCAACAGUAUGUGCCAUAUUACUUCCAUCAUUACCAUGAGCGAAUCACCUUCUUGUUUGAGAGGUAUUCGUUGCUUCUUUGUAUUGGGAUUGUGUGGGCCUUUGCAGCUAUCCUUACUGCUGCUGGUGCAUACAACCAUGUUUCACUCAAGACCCAGCAGCACUGCCGCACUGACAAGUCCUAUCUCAUAUCAUCGGCACCAUGGAUCAAAAUCCCAUACCCCUUCCAAUGGGGUACACCAAUCUUCACUGCAGGUCAUUCAUUUGGAAUGAUGGGUGCUGUACUUGUUUCUGCUUUUGAGUCCACUGGUGCACACUUUGCAACUGCACGUCUAGCUGGUGCGACACCACCUCCAGCUAGUGUCCUUAGUAGGAGUGUUGGUUUGCAGGGCAUUGGAAUGUUCCUAGAAGGUAUCUUUGGCGCUCCAGCUGGUUCAUCUGUAUCAGUUGAAAACAUUGGGCUUCUUGGACUAACAAAAGUUGGAAGCAGGAGAGUGAUCCAGAUAUCAACUGGAUUUAUGAUUUUCUUCUCCAUAUUUGGGAAGUUUGGUGCUUUCUUUGCAUCUAUUCCAUUGCCAAUCUUCGCAGCAAUUUUCUGUAUCUUAUUUGGUAUUGUUGCUGCGGUGGGAGUCUCGUACAUGCAAUUUGUAAACAAAAAUUCGAUGAGGAACAUAUACAUCAUUGGACUUUCGCUGUUCCUAGGCAUCUCGGUUCCUCAAUACUUCCAUGAGUAUACUGCUUCUGCUAGCACUGGACCUGCCCGAACAAAUGCUGGAUGGUUCAAUGACAUCAUAAACACAGUCUUCGCCUCUGGCCCGACAGUGUCACUGAUUGUCGCAUCGAUCCUGGACAACACACUGGAGUUUAGAGGCUACGAAAACGACCGGGGGCUUCCAUGGUUCAUGCCGUUCCUGCACCGUCGGAAAGGUUACUCAGAUCCUAGAAACGACGAGUUCUACAGCUUCCCGAUCAGGGUGCAUGACGUCAUCCCAAGCCGAUUCCUCUGACGGGCGAGGGUAGCGCCCGUUACCUGCGCUUCCGCGCAUGUAAAUCUCUUUGUUCUUGUUAGCCCUUCCUUACUCCUGUGACAUGUAGCAAUUGGCACCGCCAAGAUUAAAAAGUCUCAACUUAGUGGGGAUAUGGUACAAAUGGUUAGGACUUUUGGUUUUCUUUUCUUUUUCCUCCCCUUUGGGCCAACCAUUUGGUUAAUUACAUGAUGGUGUAGAGUUGGUUAAAUGAUUUUGGGAUGGAUCUUUAAAGAAUAUCAGCCACCUCAAUUUGUUGAUUGCUCAGCCAGUGAUGUA